AUGAGCGGUCUUGCUGCUACUGGAGAGUCGGAUGUUGUUGUAACAAACUUGACUGCAGUAAAAGAUGAAAAUGUAUCCAGAAAAACAGGAACUUUUAAAGUCAAAGCUGGUAUGGCUCAAAUGGCCAAAGGGGGCAUUAUCAUGGACGUCACAAAUGCUGAAGAAGCCCGUAUCGCAGAAGAAGCUGGGGCUUGUGCUGUAAUGGCCCUGGAAAGAGUUCCUGCAGACAUUCGACGCCAGGGAGGAGUUGCUAGAAUGACUGAUCCUUUGAAAAUCAAAGAAAUCAUGAAUGCUGUCACAAUUCCUGUUAUGGCAAAGACUCGAAUCGGUCACUUUGCAGAAGCCCAGAUAUUAGAGGCCUUGGGUGUUGAUAUGGUGGAUGAAUCAGAAGUUCUUACUGUUGCUGAUGAAGACAACCAUAUUGAUAAGCACAAGUUUACUGUUCCCUUUGUGUGUGGGGCACGGGAUCUAGGUGAGGCACUUCGAAGGAUCUCAGAAGGAGCUGCCAUGAUAAGAACUAAAGGAGAAGCAGGUACAGGAGAUGUUGCAGAAGCUGUAAGACAUGCACGAACAAUAAACCGACAGAUCAGAAUUGCUGAGGCAAUGGAUCCAACAGAACUUUACGAAUAUGCCAAAAAAUUACGAGUCCCAAUUGAACUGUUACGCAAAACCGCUGAAAUGGGUCGGUUGCCGGUUGUCAAUUUUGCUGCUGGUGGAAUUGCAACCCCGGCUGAUGUGUCUUUGCUGAUGCAACUUGGAGUUGAUGGAGUGUUUGUUGGUUCAGGAAUCUUUAAAAGCAGCUGUCCAAAAAAACGAGCUCGUGCUAUGGCACAAGCAGUCACCCACUACAAUGAGCCAGCAGUCUUGGCUCAGCUGAGUGAGGACUUAGGUGAGGCCAUGUUUGGAAUUCCUCACAAUGAGCGCCAAGGAGAAAGACGGCGAGAGGGCCCAAUUGGAGAGGAGAUGAAAAUUUGGAAUGCCACGUUGAACAUGUGUAUUACAUCUAACAUCUACUGGCACUCUUGA